GAUGUGAGCGCAGCCAUCACCGUUUCACCCAAUUCAUGUUCGGGCACAUUUGCUAAAAAAAGGUGAGACUACAAACGAAAAGGAGGGGUAACAUGAAGUAGAUGAAGACUCCGAAGCCUCACCAGGUCUCCUUGCCUUUCAUUUUGUGUCGCCUCACAGCUGAACAAGGUAGGCUUCAGAGUUCAUUUUUCUUACUAGUGGCCUGUGUGGACUACAAAAUUGCAUCUUGGGCUGCAGGAACACAGUGGAGAAGAGGGUCCAAGGCUGAUAACUCCCCCCAUUAGUCUUAGAGGAGGGGGGGAGGUGGAGCUGCUAUAACUAUCUAGAGCAUGGGGCAGAAAGUCCCUGGUGGUAUUAAAACCAUUGACAUGCGGGAUCCGGCGUUCAGCCCCCUGAAGUUGGAGCUACAGGCCCUGAGUCAAACCAAGCCGUCUCGACUGGAUCUGCUGCUGGACAUGCCACCUGCAAACCUGGACGUGCAGGUCCAACACUCUUGGAACAAUGAUGACCGCUCCCUCAACGUCUUCGUUAAAGAUGACAACAAGCUGGUGUUUCACAGGCACCCUGUGGCGCAGAGCACGGACGCCAUUCGUGGACGUGUUGGCUACACGAGGGGACUGCACGUGUGGGAAAUCAGCUGGGCCAUGCGUCAGAGGGGCACGCAUGCAGUGGUUGGAGUGGCUACGAGUGAUGCCCCGCUGCACUCGGUGGGCUACACGGCUUUGGUGGGAAGCAACGCCGAAUCCUGGGGCUGGGACCUGUGCAGGAGUAAACUUUACCACGAUGGCAAGAAUCUCCCAGGAAAAACGUAUCCAGGCUUUCUCGAGCCAGGGGACACCUUCAUAAUACCAGACUCUCUCUUAGUGGUCUUGGACAUGGAUGAGGGCACUCUGGGUUACAUAGUAGAUGGACAUUAUCUCGGAGUGGCAUUCAGAGGACUUAAAGGCAGGAAGCUGUACCCAGUGGUGAGCGCUGUGUGGGGACACUGUGAAAUACGAAUCCGGUACAUAAAUGGACUUGAUCCUGAACCCCUCUCACUGAUGGACCUGUGUAGACGUUCAGUGAGGGUGGCUUUAGGAAGAGACCGCCUGAGUGAAAUCCAUAGACUGCCUCUGCCUGCGUCUCUCAAGAACUACCUGCUCUACCAAUGACGAUGCCGACAGUCACAAUACGUUCACUACGCCCUCCUUUCUUUCUCUGGGAUCAUUGUUGGGUUUAACCUGUUUGACAGCAUUACUCAAGCCUCCAGGACUGACUCAGCCUCAUGGGUGAUUAUAGAAAUUACACAGCUGUCAGUGGCUCAACUCUUUAAGUUUAUUAUCCUGUUUUUAUGACAGUUUGUAAUUGUAUUCUCUUAACUUUACAAAUCAGGAAUCACUGACCACUAUGCACACGCUGAUCCAGUCGCCAUGUUGGUGCACCAACUAUAGUUUGUAGGUUGAUCUUGCAGUGGUCAGUGCCUCUGCUUUAACCUCCAGACUUCUUCAUUUAUGCAUUCCUGUCUUGUAGCCUUUAAAAUUUUAAAUGAAUUUGUGCUAAGACACCGCUAUGGUGGCAAUGACAUUUUUGCACAAUACUGCACUGCUAUUAUCUGACCGCAAGGUGGCAGCACACUCCUGUUGACAGUCACGGUUUCAAAUUGUGCAUUAUAUCAAGUCUUUUUUUUUUUUUUUAUUAUUAUUAAAUGAUGGUUUAAAAAAGAAAUAGUUGCUGUUCACAAAUUCUGGCUUCUGUAUUAUGGAAGUGUCAUCAUCACCCAGCCAACGGGACUAUCAAGUUUUUUUUGUUUUUUUUUAACUGAACGAUAAUGUCACUGUGAUUAUUUGUAGCAUGCAACUUCAGGAAGCUUUUCUCAACAUAUCUUUUUAUCAUUUCUCCCCUCCUGCUGUUUGUAGUACAGUAGUUUUCAGCCACAUGCUGUUGAGACCCAAGAGUGUUUUUAAGCGCUGUUAUGCAUACAUAACACACACCAUCAACUGUGUGAACAAUUGUGUGAACACAUAAAUUGUAUCCGUUGACUGACUCUUGGGUCCUACUGGCACAUUGCUGAGAACCAUUGAUGUUUUGUUUAUAAAAUGUAUACGGGUGGACGAGGGCAUUUGUGGAACCAGGCUGUGUAGUUGCCUGAAUUUACAAAUUUCGGUUUUAAAGCACCAUACUGACAGAAAAUGACAAUCUACAAAGUGCUGUAACAAAAGGUAAAAUUGCCACCACAAUAUCAAAUGCCAUAUCUGAUAUUUACUUAGUAUUUUUAAAUGUGCAGAAAUUGAACAUAUUCAAUACUGGGUUGAAUGUGGACACUGUGCUACAUCUUAAUUUACCUUGCUUGCAGCUUCCACUCCAUUUGUAUUCCUUGAUGUAGAACUGUUUGUAUCUAUUAAAGAUUGUUUCAAAUUAUA